AUGAACUCCCCUUACGCUACAAUUGUCGACUGCCCGGAUUUCCAUCCGGCAAUGGCCGCCGAGAAGAUCGACCGAGCCUUGCGAGCUGGCGACAAAGAUGCCGUCGUCAAAGUGCUCACCUCCAUCAGCAACAAUCAGCGACAGCAGUUGCGUGAGCCGUACAAGAUCAAGUAUGGCAAGGAUAUUAUGACCGCUCUGGACAAGAAAUUCAGCGGUGAUCUCGAAAAGACCAUCUUCGCUCUUAUGGAGAACCUCUCAAUUACGAAGUUAUUACGAACUGAAACAGGCCAUGAAGUUUUGCAAACUGGAAAGUUUGCUAGUGCUUUAAACAAGUUUCGCAACAGCGUUCCAAUUGUUAAACCACCCAGAACGGCUUUCAUUCAGGGUCUUGGCACUGACGAGGCCACGCUGAUCGAGAUCCUCUGCUCUCGAACAACCGACCAGAUCAAAGCCAUUCGUGUAGCUUACGAGAGGGAAUUCAAGAAGCCGCUGGAGCAAGAGGUUGCCUCUGAGACAUCAGGCGAAUUCAGAGAUCUGCUCUGCGCUAUCGUCACUGGAAGUCGAGAUCCCAGCAGCAACACCAACGACCAAAUGGCGAAAGACGACGCUAUCCGCCUAUAUGCUGAUGGCAAGGGAAAGCUCAGCGGCAAGGAUACCCCGUCGCACUUUUUGAACAUCAUGGCCUCACAGAACCAGUACCAACUGAGAAAAAUAUUCGCUGCAUUUGCUGAGCUGUCUGGGUCGUCGAUCGAGAAGCUGAUUGAAAAGGAGUUCAGCGGUGAUCUCCAGAAGAGUUACCUGACCAUUGUGCGAGCAGCCUCUGACAAGCAGAAGUUCUUCGCUAACCCAGUUGUACAACUCGAUGAAGGGCCUCGGAACUCGUGA